AUGCAUCGCGCUCUUGAAUCUGAAGAUAUCAUCUAUGCGGUGUUAGAACACGUCAAGUCCUCUGCGAAGGACUUGGUGAACGUGGCGAUGACCUGCUCCACACUGGCAGGUCCCGCCCUCGAUAUCCUCUGGUCCGAACAGUCAAGUUUGGCACCACUCAUUAUGUGUCUACCGCAAGACACCUGGGAGGUCGCAGAGGAUCAAACCAUCGAUCUUUCCAGAGAGCCAACUCCCACUGAGUGGGAGCGUCUCAGAAUGAACGCAUCAAGAGUGCGGCGGCUUCUUAUUAAUAAAUUCAGUAGCGUGCUUCCCCCGAAGCCACCUCUCAUCCCGAGUGGUCGUACCCUACAGAGGAUUUUCGAGCAGUUCCCUCCCGCCACACUCUUCCCAAACCUUUGCGCAUUGGAUUUCGAGGCCAUAUUUGGUCGGUCGGAGUAUAGUUCGAAAUUCUUGCUACUUCGGCAGUUCAUGUCGCCUGGAUUGGAAGCGCUAAGGUUUGAUGUACCUGGAGGCGUCCCGACGUAUGAAGUAGAGCAAUUGCUUGAUGCUCUUCCCGUAGAAGCGUACGGCCUGCGUCAACUGUUGAUCUCAGCGGGCCAUGAUACCACGACUUUUACAGUUCCUCCGAGUUUCGAAAAGCUGUCCAAGUUAAUUAUACUGAGCAUUCACGGAAUAGAUGCGUGCCUGACGAGGCAGACGAUCACUAAUAUCCAGCACGCUCGGUGUCUUCAAACCCUCAUGCUUACUCUGCGCGGGACCUCCAACGAUGCGGGUGGUAUUCCCCUUGAAUUGCAUAGUCUCGAACAGCUCUGUCUCUUUGGCGGUUCCUUGCCACAGUGCACACACUUCAUUCGUCAAGUCACCACCCGGCAACUAGCAUAUAUCAGUAUCGGAUACUCCAAACCUGCUUCCCCGACCGAAAUCACCGCAUUCGUGGAAUCAUUGUCCACCUCGUGCCAAACCAGGUCCUUGGAACAGAUCUAUGUGAUGGACGCAUCACAUGUGGAUGAUCAUGAGCUUGCCAUCCCACUCCCCUCCGAAAUCUUCCGGCCCUUGCUCAAGUUCAGCAGGCUAUCGUCUGUUAGAUUCAUCGGCAUUGGAAACUACCACCUUGACGAUAGGUUCAUCAAUGAUGUCGCAGUUGCCUGGCCGGAUAUUCGGGAAUUGAAGUUCGCUUCAAGGAGACGUGGCACUUGUAACGUCACCUUCACCGCCAUGAUGUCACUGGCUUCAAGGUGCAGAUCGCUGCACACCUUACAUCUGACGUUCGAUGCUACACAGUCAACGACAAUUCCUCGAGCACCGGACGGGACGGAAGAGCUUUGGCCCACGCAAACAGCCCUUCAAAAGCUGCAUCUUGGACACUCUGAGGUGUCGAAAGUUGCGCGCGUUCCAUAUUUCCUGGCUGAGGUGUUUCCAACUCUAUCGGAUUUCAUCUGGUAUGACUACUUUGGGGAUUCCGAUAUCGAUAUCGUUAUGGAAUCAGAACUGGUGGAAGCAUGGCAACAACUAAGGUUACUUCGGAACUUAGACGACGACGACGACGACGACGAGGAGGAGGAGGAGGAGGAGGAGGAGGAGGAGGAGGAGGAGGAGGAGGAGGAGGAGGAGGAGGAGGAGGAGGAGGAUUCAGACGACGAUGACUGGAUGUGA